UACGCCGCUACACAUCUCUAGGGCUUUGCGGCAUUGAGCAAAAAUUUUUGCGAAUAUCUACGAGUUUAUUGAAAGGACUUCCAUUUAGGAUUUAGUUCCAAGAAAGUUCCGAAUCAAUUAACUUGCCCGACGAAACUCGCAAAGUUUUUGCCAGUUUUCGCCGAAGGAGUUUCGCUGAAGGAGAACAAAUCCAACGAAUCCUCUGCUCUGCUAAAAUUUGAUACGGCAGUCGGCCGAUGUGUCAAUGUUAAUCGCGCUAUUCGCGCUAGCACACUUACCAAUUUUUCGUAAGACGCCUCCGCCCUCCCUCAAAUAUCCAAGGUGUGGCAGAGCACUAAAAACGAAAGAAGAUAUUUCUAUCAGAGCCCGAUCCAUUCGAGAAGCCAAUAGGAUGAGUUCUGGCGUCGACCAGAACGAGCCAAUUGCCGCUAAUGGCAAUUCGGCAGAGUCAACGGAUGUGGAAAUCAUCAACUUUUUGGCGCACGAGAAGCAGGUCUGUCGCCCUCUAAGGACCAAUCACACAAAGGUCUUGGCUUCCGGCGGCGUCCACACACGCGGAUCUUCCAAAGUCAAGCUAAAGAACAUCGUUGACUAUAAGUGGGAGCGCAAGUACUACUAUCCCGGUCAUUUGGUGGCCGUCCAUCGCGAUGGAAAGCACCUGGCGUACGCUAUUAACGUCAACAAUAAAGCCACCGGCAUGGAGGGAAUGGUACGUGUGUGCAAUAUCAGCACCAGUAUGCGAGCACUGAUCAAAGGAAUGAGUGGCGAGGUCCUGGACCUACAGUUUGCCCAUACAGAUCGCGAACGCAUCUUGGCUGUAAUCGAUGUCAGUUCGCUUUUUGUCUACAAGGUCGAUCUAAUCGAAGGCAACCUGCUGUGCAAUCUAGUGCUGAAAGUUGAGGACCCCAUCGCAAACUACACUCCCGAGUACGAUAUGGUAUCUUGGUGCCCGUAUGUCUGCAGCAACAACUCUAACGCAUCGAUUCACGAUGAAGACGAUGAAAACCAGCUGCUAAUCUGGUCGCGUAGCUCUCAGUUCCAGUGUUUCCACGUGAAAAUGAUAGUUUCCGAGCAUGGGCGUGGCAAGAUUCAACCGGCUGCCCUAGAAACUGGGUAUUUAAAAAUCGAGGAGGACUCGCUUAUUACAUGUGCCGCUUUGUCGCCGGAUGGCACGACAGUGGCUGCUGCGUGUGCUGACGGACUGGUUCGAUUUUACCAAAUUUAUCUGUUUGACGUACGCAAUCAUCGCUGCCUUCACGAGUGGAAGCCACACGAUGGCAAGAAGGUUUCCUCACUAUUUUUCCUGGAUAACAUCAACAAGCCUGUGGAAGAAGCCUACUGGCAGCAUGUGAUUACAACGAGUGAUGCCAAUACCGAAAUCAAGUUGUGGAACUGUUCAUUGUGGGAAUGCCAACAGACGAUAAAUUUGGAGGCCUCAAUUCCGGCACCGGUGCAACACGGUUACUUCAUAGCCGGAAUCGACCGCAGUGCCAAUUAUUUGGUGCUGUCUAGUAUAGAUUGUUUGGCUGUUUAUGUGUUGCAAAUCGGCAGCACAGGCAGAUCUGAUUCCGGCGACAGUGAUGGAGAAGGUGGCGAGGGAAAACGCAUUCAUAACAUUGCCGAAUUUAAGCUGAGUUCGGGAAUUCUUUCGUUCUCAAUUGUAAAUGCCACAAUGCGCCGGGUGAAGAGCUCCAUAGAAAGCUACUAUCCAUUCGAGGAGCCUGAGGACUUUGACGAGGAUAACAACUCAACCUAUGCAUUGGUGUUGCACAUGUUUGUGGUGCAGGCCAAGAGUCUACAAGAGUGCCAGAUAAUAUAUCAGCCGUGUAUGGCAGUAGCAGAAAAUGCGGAGCGACGCAGCCUGAGCAGUAGCAAGCGAUCAGAGACACCAGACGACAGUCUGAUAAUAAAGCAGGACUCGGAAUCUCCAGGCAGUGCAACUGCGCUGGAUUCUCUGUUUGGGAAGUCAGCCAAACGAACCUCCACGGGCAGCUCUUCCGCGGUCGUGGCAGUGGCGGCGGCUGCAGCGGCAGCUCCAUCGGCUAUUCUCCAAGAGACAGUCAUUAACCAGGAGGCAUCGAAGUCGGAGUCGCCGCAGUUCGGAAGUGCUUAUCCACAGGUUAAUCUAAUGACCCCAGACGCCUUCAGUGCCAGCGGAACAUCUACAGCAACAGCUGUGGUGGUGGCUACCAGUUCUACCACCAGCGCGGCUGCCGAUGGCUCGUCAACUGGAGGCGCAACGACGGAAUCCAUUGAUUCCGCGGUACUAAACACGUUGCGUAUGUUGGCCACGGUGACUGCAAAAACUGUGGAGAAUUCCAAUGCGAAUCUCCUCAACCUGAUGAACAAUACUUUGAUUGAGGAUCGCGAACAGCAAAAGAUGAAGAAACUAGAAGCACGCAAAAACUUCAUAGCUAUUGACCGCAAUCCGGAACGCAAUUUGGCUGAAAAUCUGGCCAGCGGCGGUUCUAGUCCGAGCCGUGAAGUUCAGGAGAUUAUGGCCACCCAGGAAGACGUCGAUUCCUACGAAGCUGAGCUGGAGAAUUUGGAGGAUGAUGACGACGAUGAUGAGGAGCUGGCCAACUCAUCGCCCCUUUUGGAGGCAGUUGACGGGGCAUGGCCGAUGGUGAAAUUGCCGCUUACAAACUCCGCCGAACUACAAAAUGCAGCACAAAUUAUGUCCCAGGCGGUGCAGAAUACCAAUAAUGGCAAUGUGCCCCCUACCUUGGGUGGAGGGAACAUCAACAGUGCCAACAGCAAUAGCAAUGCCGUUGUUGGUAAUAGCACCAACAACAACACGGCCUCAACUCUCAAUACUAGUAACAGCAGCAGCGACAAUACUGCAAUCAGUGGAGCGUGCGAAGGUUCCAAUGGCAACGGGGAACUAAAUUCAAAGAUCGACCAGUUGAUAGAUCUAGUAAAGGCGCAAUCUAAGCAAAUAAACAAGCUGGAGAAGGAGGUUACCAACUUGCAGCAACAGCAGCAACAAAUUUUGAUGGUGCAGCCUACAAAGCCAGACGCGUCCCUGGAACCCAAAAAUGUCAACCAGCUGGCCUACAAAAUCGAAAUGCAGUUGUCCAAAUUGAUGGAACAGUACCUCAAGAGAUACGAAAACGAACACAAAAAAAAGUUGAACGAGUUCUUAGCUGCACGAGAAAUUCAGAAUCGGGAUCUGCGAGAUUCCGUUCUCCAAAUGCUCAAUCAGUAUGUAAUGAACCACUUCCCAGAGAUAGUUGGAAACGUCCUGAACAUGGAACUGCAGCGGCAGAUAGUUCCCCGCGUAAAUGCGAAAAUGGAUCAACUUCAGGCCCAAAUGCAGGUGGAAAUUGUGCAAAAGUUGAGUGUGUUCGAUAAGACGGUCAAGGAAAAUAUUGCACAAGUGUGCAAGAGCAAGACAUUCCUGGAUGCUUUUGGUAAGUCCGUGCUGAUUGGCGUUCAGGCUAGUCUACAGACUGCUUUUAUCGAGUCCAUGAGCAGCACAUUAAUUCCCGCCUACGAGAAAUCUUCCCAAAACAUGUUCAAGCAGCUGCAUGAUGCCUUCAGUGUAGGAAUUAAAGACUUCAUGGUCCAGUUUAAUAACUACCUGCAGCACAUGCCUCAGCCGCAUGCGGUGGGUGCCAAUUCCGAAGAGUUGAACAACAAGCUUGGAAUGCUUAAGCAGUUGGUAGAAACCAGCCUGCACAAGCACCGCACUGAACUCACGGAUGCCAUGCUGGAGACCCAGCGCGAAGUGAAGAGCCUGGAGAUAUUGCUGGCCCGUCAGGUCCAAGAAACUAUUCGGGCCGAACUGCGCAAGCACAUGGAGACCCAGAACAUGGCUAUGCGCUCGCAGGCAGCCACACCGGCGCCCACCUACGAUCUAAGAGAUAGCAUUAAGCAGCUCCUACUAGCCGGACAGAUCAACAAGGCCUUUCACCAGGCUCUGCUGGCCAACGACCUCACCCUAGUGGAGUUUACACUACGACACACAGAUAGCAACCAGGCCUUCGCUCCCGAAGGAUGCAGGCUGGAGCAAAAGGUGCUUCUCUCGCUCAUCCAGCAAAUCUCCGCAGAUAUGAGCAAUCACAACGAGCUUAAACAAAAGUAUCUCAAUGAGGCACUUUUGGCCAUUAACAUGGCUGAUCCGAUCACCCGGGAACACGCACCGAAAGUUCUCUCCGAGCUGUACCGCAACUGUCAGCUGUUUAUCAAGAACUGCCCCAAAAACUCGCAGUUCAGCAACGUGCGUCUCCUGAUGAAGGCUAUCAUGGGCUAUCGCGAACAGCUCAAAUGAUAUCAAGAGCGAUCCAGCCUGUCCAACGUCUGGUACUCCUAGCUUCCUCGAUCCCUAUCUACGAUAGUUAAUCACGGACCACGCCCCUCACAUACACAUACACGCUUGUAGUUAAGCCCAAAAUGCAGGUUAUCCCUUCUCGAAAGCACUCGGCCAAGCUCUGCGCUUUAAGGAAUGAAGUUUUAUCUAUGCUUUUAAUUUUUUUUUAUUUACUUGUGAUGUGUGCGUGUUGUUUAAAUCAAGGCCUCAUUUAUUAUGUUUAUGUCGCGAUAUUGAAAUUGUAUUAGCUUCUUAUUUUCCCAAAAUGCAAUAUCUUUUAUAAUUUAAUUUCGUUUCUGCCAGUCUUUGCUGCCUAGUUAAUUUGAUACUUUUGAUUUUUUUAAAAAAUUGACGUUUACUAAAAAAACAUAAAAACCUUACAAGUCAGAGAUGUAGAACUAUUUUAUAAACUCAUUUCUAACAAGAAAAACUUUCGAUAAAAUACAUGAUCGCAAAAGCAGAAACUACAAGUUAAACGUAUAUGUUAAGACUACGGAAUAAGUAAAGAGAAACUGAAAAUAAAACGAAUAUAUAUAAAUG